AGUGCGUUUCCUGCUGGGUGGUCGCCAAGGAGAGUUUAAGUUCCUUCCCCCGCCGGGCUACGCUCCGUGUUUCGAGGCUGUGCUACCCAGGGAGAAGCUGAGAGUGGAACACAGCCAGGAGUACAAGGAGGACCACAGUGAGACCAGGGAUCUACUGGGUCCCACCAUCACCCUGUCCCAGGCUGCCUUCACCCCUACACCUGUUGACACCAGCCAGGUUGUUCUGCCUCCUCACCUGGAGAGGAUCAGGGAGAAGUUGGCAGAGAACAUCCAUGAGCUGUGGGUGAUGAACAAGAUUGACCUGGGCUGGACGUACGGAGCUGUACGGGACGAUAACAAGCGGCAGCAUCCUUGUCUGGUGGAGUUCUCCAAGCUGCCUGAGCAGGAGAGGAGCUACAACCUACAGAUGUCUCUGGAGACUCUCAAGACUCUCUUGGCUCUGGGUUGCCACGUGGGGCUGGCUGAUGAGCACGCUGUGGAGAAGGUGAAGAACCUCAAGCUCUCCGCCACUUAUGAGCUGUCUAGUGGCUACAAGCCUGCUCCUAUGGACCUGGGGCACAUCAAGCUGGCCUCUACCCAGGAGGCCAUGGUGGACAAGCUGGCGGAGAACGCUCACAAUGUGUGGGCCAGGGAUCGCAUACGCCAGGGCUGGACCUACGGCAUCCAGCAGGUGUGUCACCCAAAGGAUGUGAAGAAUCGUAGGAACCCCCGCUUGGUUCCGUACACUCUGCUGGACGAGAGGACCAAGAAGUCCAACAAGGACAGUCUGAGGGAGGCUGUCCGCACCCUGCUGGGGUACGGAUACAACCUGGAGGCUCCGGAUCAGGACCAUGCAGCCAGAGCAGACACCAGUAACAUGUCUGCUGAGCGGUUCCGUAUCUUCCGAGCUGAGAAGACGUACUGUGUGAACGCUGGGAAGUGGUACUUUGAGUUUGAGGUGCUGACGUCAGGCGAGAUGAGGGUCGGCUGGGCACGGCCCGGCUGUCUACCGGACCAGGAGCUGGGCUCUGACCAACACGCCUUCGUCUUCGACGGGUUCAAGGCCCAGCUGUGGCACCAGGGUAACGAGCACUUCGGCAGGUCCUGGGGUCCAGGUGACGUGGUGGGCUGUAUGGUCGAUCUGAACGAACACACGAUGAUGUUCACCCAUAACGGAGAGGUGCUCCUGGACCACUCAGGGUCGGAACUGGCCUUCAAGGACUUUGAGGUUUGGGAAGGUUUCAUCCCGGUGUGCAGCCUGGGUGUUUGCCAGGUUGGGAGGAUGAACUUUGGUAAGGACGUGAGCACGCUGAAGUACUUCACCAUCUGUGGUCUGCAGGAAGGCUACGAGCCCUUCGCCGUCAACAUGAACAGAGACCUCACCAUGUGGCUCAGCAAGAGACUGUCUCAGUUCAUCCCUGUACCUCCGCAGCAUGAACACAUUGAGGUCACGAGGAUGGACGGCACCGUGGAGACUUUCCCGUGUCUCAAGGUCACCCAGAGGUCGUUCGGCUCCCAGAACAGUAACCCAGACAUCACCUUCUAUCGCCUCAGCAUGCCUAUAGAGUGUAACGAGGUGCUGGCCAAGUCACCUGGCGGGACGCUACAGUCUGGCGGGGGCUUCUCCUUCUCCUCUAAGAAAGACCUGGACGACUUUGAGACCGUGUCCGACUUCGAGGUGUUGACGAAGUCUGCCCACUGCACCCUGGGCUCCAGCCUGGACAAGGAGAAGGACCAGUUCAACAACCACAAGGACUACAACCAGGAGAAACCCUCCACGUUAAAGCAGAGGUUUGUAGAUUACAGUUAG